UUUUAAUUUUUGGAGAGAAAAUACGAAAAUAAUUGCUAUUUUCUGAGUGAAAGAAUGUUUACCGGCGAGAAAUAAUAAUAAGGUUGAUGUGUUGAAUACAUUAAUGUAUACGAUUGACGCCUAAUGAUGGUGGAAAAUCCUAUAACAUCUACGCCUUUGCCUCGGCAAAGUGUAGGCGGGAGUAGUAGUUCCAGUUCAAUUCGGAGACGGUCUUUAAUUCCCCAAGUACGAGUACCCAGUUCUAAGGACGAGGACCGCAAUGAUGAUGAUGCUGAACGAUCAUCCCUACUGGCCUCAGAGCGAGCAGUCGCGACGUCUACACCAAACCUUUCAUCACCAAAACGGCCCAGGGAGACCAUGUCUUCCUCACCACAGAAAGAACAUUUUCAAGGAUGUCUGAAGCUCUUUGCUGAAAAUAAAAUAAACAAAGACAACGCAUGGAACCUUCAGCUAAUAGAUUUCAUGUCUUCAAUGCUGCGCCGUCAUGACGCGCGAAUGGAGAACCUACAGACUGCUUCAACUGUUGUUGAUGCUUCUGCCAGAAUUUACUCCUUCAGGGUUGACGCUGUGCAUUUUGAUGUCUUGAAGAUGGCUGGGGGAUUGAGUAAGGCAGCCCAGACUAAACGAGGCAAGAAAGACGACGACGGGGCGAUGCAAGAAGAAGGUGCGGUGGACGGGGAGCAUGCGGCUGCGCCGCUUAAAAAGAAGAAAAAGCGCUCCAGGGGAGCUAUUGCCAACAACCCUGAUACUUUGAAUGGAGAGUUUGAUGUUAACGAUUGCUUAGAUCCGUUUUUUGAACGGCUUGCCGCCACUACGGGGGACGUGACGUCGUCGAAUAGAGCUUUCAACGCCACUCUGCCCGUACAUGACAAAACUUUGGGACUUAUAUUAAGAACUGACAACCAAUUCUUAGAGUCUAUAAAGGAAAAUAUACCAGAAGACAUAGAGCUAACUGAUCGCAUUGCAUUGGCUACCAAGUUGUUGCCAGUUUUCAAUGAUACCGACCAGAUAUGUGAACCGUUUACUGGCUUCUCUAUUAGCAACUGGGAUCCAGAGACUGAGGACACAGAUGCCCGUGUGAACAACUGGGUUGAAGAAAAUAGACUAAACCUGUCGCAGCAAGCGCUCGCGUUCGACGUCAACGCUGAGGUCGAACCUAUUCCACAGGAUGAGGAGCAUAACGAUCUGUUCGAGGACGAGCCCCUAGGCGGUAUCGAGAGCGAUGAAGAAGCGGACGUGGCCGUAGCGGCGUGCGUGGCCCGUCUUCCGCCGGCACCCGUAGCACGGCUGACAGACAUGCGCCCGGCGGGGGCGCAAGACACGAGACUCGAGUACUCCUACUGCGGCGCCAUCGUGGCCGCCUGGGCUGGCCCCUCGCAUUGGCGCUUGAAAAACAAUAGAGCAUCAAAAAUGUCCGAACGCACCCAAUCAACAGCAGGCCGCCUAACAGAAGACGGCACGAAUAAGAAACCACCACGCACGAAGCGACAACUUGACUUUCUGAACGCUGGGAUGGCGUUUGACUCCUGCGCAGAGCCUAGUGGCGAUUACGAACCUGCGCAACCCGCCAAGAUCAUGAUCAGUCGGAAAACGUUGGCUACUGGACAUACGUGGAAUGAGGCGAACUUUAAGACGCCUAUUGAUAGGGGUCUGGACGAGUCACAUUUCCGUAAGCUGUUCCUCCGACGCAACGUGCUGAUGCUACGCAAACGCGACUUGGAGCAAAGCAAACCCGAACUUCCCGCCGCGCCUGAACCGCUCGCCGUUGAGGAGAUACGCGACUACGAUUACAAUAACGAGAAUGAUGCAUCGUAUUGCGUUAACAACGCUGCAGACGUAGACGAAUGGGGCAACGAAGACGCUACUGCUGCAGGAGAGCUGCAUGAUCAAAUUAAAGCAGCCGAGCCAGAGGAAAUCGGGGACAUGAUCGAACCUCCAACGAAGAUUGCUAAAAUCUUUAUACCUUACGCGAUGCGUGCGAAAAAGGUAGACAUGAAGCAAUUAAAACACUACACAUGGAAAAUGCUUAUAGAAAAUACACCCGAAGGCGAAAAAGAAGACAUUACGCCAACAACAUUCUUCAACGUUUAUUCACGUUUACCGAAUAAACUUUCAAGUAAUAUGCGUGAGUCUCUCAGUGUGCCUUUAGCCUUAUUAUCGGUGUUACAUUUGGCUAACGAAAAAGGUUUAGUUUUGGAGAAAAGGGAGGAUCUCAAAGACAUUGGUAUUGUUGGUCUUAUAAAAUAAGAAUAGUUUUAAUUAUAAUGUAUGACCAGUAGGCUGGCGUAAUUAAUUUUUUAUAUGGUGUGACUUUUAACCCUUGUAAAGAUAUGAUACUUUUAAAAGAAUCCUUACCACUUUGUUAAGAUGCAGAUAUUUUCAUUCAACCUUCAUUAUAGUCCUGCAUAGUACAGGUCAAUCAGAAUCACGGCACAAAAAUAGAAAGAAAAUAUCGAUUUCAUAUGGUAAUCUAUAUUUGAUGUGUCAGUUUGAAUAUUUUCUUGUAAUUAUAUAAUAACUUGACGCGACGCGACGGUGUGCAGUGGACCCUGGAUAAGGAGGCUCCGUUCGAUUAUCGGUAGGAUCGAGUUGGGAAAAUUGUUUCUGAUCCGGGUGUACUCGGUAAAGCCUCGCAGGGAAUUUUGUUGUACUGGUAUUAACAUUACAGGGUAUGCCAUAAUUUGAGACCAGGCAAUUGAUUUGGUAGUCUGGCAAUAGUUUUUAAUUUCCCGAUGUCAAGAUCAAUUUCUCCAUUUGCUAUGAGAUUCUGGAUUGACGUGAGGGCAUGAUGCUUAUAUGAUGGAACAACAAACAAACACUUUAUAGAAAUUUAUGCCCUAUUUUGUAAACUUUGUUUCCGUGACUUUAAUGUUUUAUCGUGACCAGUAUCAACAUUCUUUGUGAAUAUUUAUAUUGACACGCCUGGCGUGUCCAUCUUUCAAAGUGACCUUGCUGUAUGAAAAGUGACGAAUAACUUUCGUAACUUUUCCCUGAACCUUGUAAUUGAUAGCAGUCUUAAAGUAAAAAAAGAAAUUCGAAGAGGAUCCCUCGCUGUUACAAUAGAAUGCUGUGCAUAAAAAAUGUACAUAAUGAAUUUGAUAACAAUCUUCAUAUUUGUUG